GUUUAGUUCAGACGGGGGUUUGAUCUUCCCACGAGACUCUCUGCAACGAUGGCAUCAGUCAAAAGUCGUGCUAUAGUACUUGCGUGUGUGUGUAAACGACUGGACGUUUUGUUUGCCUGCCCCAGUGGUAAACUGUCUCGGCCGAGUAUAAGAUCCUCGUGAUAUUACUAUAUGAGGACAGUGUCAUUCCUCACGACGUAAGUGCCAGGGGGUUGUUCUUAUAAUUUGUGCUUGACCCCGGAAAAGAAGACACAGAGGCCCUUGCCGGACACACCCAACUCUGAAUAUCAUCGUCCCAUUUUAUCAAUCUUGACAACAAGUUCAACUACAUUCCGUCGUUUUCUUUCAACGAAGCUACUGUUUACUCUUUGAGAAUACUACAAACAUCAUACCAACUUGACUCUCACCGCUAUCCCAUUCCUCCUUGUCACGCGAGACACACACACACUCUCUCUCCCCUUCUCAAAAAACAACCAACGAACCAACCACCUCUCCUCCCUCUCUCUUGACGAACUCGACUCAUUCUUGCCCCCACACAAGAUCUCUCACGUUCGAGAAGAAAGGAAAAAACAAACAACCAUCAACCAAGUCACCCACUCAUCCACUAUUCCUCUUUCCCUCCUCCUCCCAACCCAAACAAAGCCCACCAUGCCCACCCGCAAAUUCCUACCCCCGGACCCCCGUCCCUCCAAAGCCCACCCAGAACACCGCCGCAUACGCAAGGAGCUCGAGAAGGAACACGGCUACGGCUGGGUCCCACCCGUCAUCCUCGGGCUGAUCGGCAUCGGGCUGGCAUACGACGUCACCAAGGACGUGGAGAAGGCAGAGGAGAGAAAGCAGAAGCAGAAGCAGGGACAAGAGGACGAAGAUGGUGGCGGCGGCGGCGGCGGCGGCAGCAGCAGCAGCAGGAAGCGUGGCGGUGAUGGUGGGAAGAAUAGCAAGGGGCGACGGGGCCGGCGGAGUAGGUCGCAAGGCGAAGAAAGGGGCGGAAACGAGCAAGGCUAUGACGAUGACAGGGAUAGGCGCCGUGGUCGUGGUGGCGACUACGAUGACGACGACAAUUAUUAUUCGGACAGGGCCGGGGAGCGCGAUGGCGGGCUGAGGAGGGCAGACAUGCUCGAGAGAGGCCAGGGCGGUGAGCCGGAACAGCGCGAUUAUAACAACAAAGCGGACAGGAGGAGGUACCGCCGGCACACGAGAGGGGAUGAGUUCACUUCGCCUUCUCCUCCUGCUGCUGCUGCUGGAGGAGGAGGAGGUGGUGGUGGCGGCGUUGGCUACGAUUACGACUAUGAUGACUAUGGCUCGUCAUCAUACGGGUAUAGUCGUGGCGGAAGGGGGGCUGUGAUGGAUGAUUAUUCG